AUGUCGAGAUCUGAUGAAGCCAUCAUGGCCAAACAUGGUGGCCACGAUGAAGAUGAUUUCUUUUCCCUCCUUUCAGGUGGAUCAUUUGCUUACCUUCGGGUAGAGUUAGGUGACUUUGUAGCCUUCAUAGCUGCUGGCAACAUCCUCCUUGAGUAUGUGAUUGGUGGUGCUGCGGUGGCUCGGUCAUGGACAUCUUAUUUCGCCACUCUCUGCAACCACGAACCCGAUGACUUCCGAAUCAUAGUCCAUAGCCUCGCCGAGGACUAUAGCCAUCUAGACCCCAUCGCUGUUGUAGUUUCCUUCGUCAUUUGUAUCUUUGCCGUUCUUAGCACCAAGGGCUCUUCCCGUUUCAAUUACCUCACCUCCAUCAUCCAUGUCGGUACAAUCGUCUUCAUCAUCGUCGCUGGCCUCGUCAAAGCAGACACCAAAAAUUACAGCUCCUUUGUUCCCUAUGGCCCCCGUGGUAUUUUCGUAGCUUCAGCAGUAAUUUUCUUUGCAUAUGUUGGAUUUGAUGCUAUUUCAACAAUGGCUGAAGAAACUAAAAACCCUGCUCGAGAUAUCCCAAUUGGUCUUGUGGGUUCAAUGAUAAUAAUUGCUUUAGCGUAUUGUUUGCUUGCUGCUACCUUGUGCCUAAUGGUUCCAUACAAGCAACUUGAUCGAGACGCUGCAUUUUCAGUAGCAUUUGAGUAUGUGGGUUUGAAUUGGGCUAAAUACAUCGUGGCUCUAGGUGCAUUGGAAGGUAUGACCACUGCUCUUCUCGUGGGAGCUGUAGGCCAAGCCCGAUAUCUCACGCACAUUGCUCGUACUCACAUGAUGCCUCCAUGGUUUGCUCAUGUUAAUGGAAAAACAGGAACUCCAGUAAAUGCCACCAUUGUUAUGAUCACUGCUACAGCUAUCGUCGCUUUCUUUACAAAGAUGGAUAUUCUCGCCAAUCUUCUCUCCAUCUCUACAUUGUUCAUCUUCAUGCUUGUGGCGGUGGCUCUUCUUGUUCGCCGCUACUAUGUUACUGGGGUCACGACAUCUGCAAAUCAUACCAAGCUCAUCGUUUGCAUUUCGGUGAUUCUUGGUUCCUCUACUGCUACUGCUGCUAUUUGGGGUGCAGGAGUAGAUGGCUGGAUUGGAUAUGUGAUUACCAUACCAAUAUGGUUCUUGGGUACAUUAGCACUUGAUGUUUUUGUUCCACAGGCAAGGGCUCCGAAAAUGUGGGGUGUUCCACUGGUGCCAUGGUUGCCAUCUGCUUCGAUUCUUAUCAACAUUUUCCUUCUAGGGUCGAUAGACGGGCCGUCGUUUGUAAGAUUUGGUAUCUGGAGUGGUGUUUUGUUGGUGUAUUAUUUCCUAUUAGGAUUGCAUGCAUCUUAUGACACGGCUCAGGGGUUAGGAGAGAACAAGGCUGGGGAUGGCUGGAAGAAGUUGGAAGAAGGUGCACCAGUGUCUUCACAGUCUGGAUUAGGAGGUGAGACUGCGAAGAAAAUAGAAGAAGGCGGGCAAGGGCCUUCACAAUCUUCUCUAGGAGAUGUAGAUUAGGGUACCAUUUGAGCCUACAAGUCCUAGUGAUGAAUGUGUUGGAAGUUUCAAAUUGAAUUUGUGAAUUGUGAUGAACGUCUAUGCAUGGUUCUAUUUGUACAACUAUAAUAUGUAUUAACAAAUACUUCUAAAAAAAUAUAUGUAUUAACAAAUAAAUUCCAAAUUUUAUGUCUUAGAAA